AGAAAUCCGCUGAGUCGGUCGAGUCAGCUUAUUGGUAGGAUAGUCUGAAUCGUCUGAAUAUUAUUGUAAAUAUACACUAUGAAAUUAGUUGCGGAACUAAAAUGAACCGGCAUACUGAUAUCAAACGGGAAUCGGAGCCUCCCGCAGAAUUGGAGAGUCAAUUUAUUUUACGGCUACCACCGGAACCGGCAAAAGUUUUACGUGAAGCUUUACGAAGUGGUUCAGUUAAUCUGAAGGACAGGUUAAUGAUAAGGCUUGAGAAUGACAUGCGUUAUGGAGAAGUUAGAGUGGACCAUCGACUGAUGCAUGCAAAGGUUGUUGAUAUUCCAACAAUAGUUGAAUCCUUGAAAACUAUUGACAACAAGAGCUUCUAUAAGACAGCUGAUGUAUGUCAGAUGUUGGUAUGCAAAGAAGAGGAUGACCAUACAACUACAGAUGAAGAAUCGCCAGUAAAAGCCAAGAAGAAGGAUCCUAACAAAGUGGACAAGAAGUUCCUAUGGCCUCAUGGUAUCACACCACCAAUGAAAAAUGCACGCCGCAGACGGUUCCGCAAGACAUUGAAGAAGAAGUAUGUGGAGGCUCCUGAGAUUGAGAAAGAGGUGAAGCGGUUGCUUCGGGUAGACAAUGAUGCUGUCAGUGUCAAGUGGGAGGUUAUUAAUGAGGAUGAUGAUAAACUGAAGGCUGGAGUUAUCAAAGAUGAGAAUGGAGGCCUUAGCAUGGGUCAGAAUGGAGACAUGUCACUUGAAACUAGCAAUCAGCACAGUGUUGAUGUCGCUGAGCAUGAUAUUUUUGGGGAGGCAGUUAGUGACUCAGAAGAGGAUGAAACUAACAUCAAUAUUAUGGAGCUGGAGGAUGAGACUAGUCGUCCGUCUGCUGAUGACAGUCGACUAUCGGAUUCUGCUUCCUUACAAGGUGUGUCAGAGCGUCCAAAUCGCUCUCAACCUCUGGUGACACAGUUCAGUAAGGAGAUGUUCAGUCCACGGGGAAUAUUUAUGCCAGAGCGUGGUGGGAGGAAGCACCCAAGUGGCAUAUCCCCUCUCACCUUCCUGAAGCAAGAGCAAGCCCAUCCGCAUGAUUUCAGUCAGCAAUCAAGUGAGUUUCCUCAUCGGGAAACUAUUAAAACAGAGCCGCUCACAUUUGACUUCGAUAUACUGAAGACUGAGUUGAACAGACCAGAGGAGUCCGAGUAUGGCAGUACACCACAGAUGUCACGAGCAAGUAUUAGAGCCCAGUUAGAUGUUCUUCAGCAACAGCUGGCAGAUCUGCGGAAUAGACGUCAACAGCAGGAAAUGGAGAUUGCCAAUAUUGAGAACUAUGCACUACGAAAGAGGUUCCAAGAUAUCCUAGACAAGUUGUUAGUAGAGCAGAUGGAGAAGGAGCAAGAGUACCAGGAUUUGACGGUAUUACUGCAGUUGUCAUGAAGUCUUGAAGAUCAGUGCACCAGGAAUGUCUGUGAAGACAUUACACUGUAAGAUUACAUCACUGAUACAGUCAGUUAAAGUUCAGCAUAUUGGGCAGGGGUUCCUGAUCACCAGUGACUGUAAGCCAGAGUAGUGAAAUAAAUAUACAGCAUAAAAACAGGCUGCUUUAGCCCAGUGAAGCAUAAAAUUCUUCUCCAUUACAAAAAUAAACAGUUUAAUGUCGAAAUAAGUGGUAUAUACAAUUACAAUUGUACUUUAAAAUGUUGGAUGGUUCAGAAUGUUUCACUGUAAUACUGGUAUUAAUAAAUACCCUAUUGCCUGA